GAUAGAGUUGCUUAUUUCCUUCUGUUUCGCAGUCAGCAGGAGGGAGAAAAUGAAAGCAGGCUGCAGCAUUGUGGAUAAACCAGAAGGAGGAGGAGGCUAUCAUUUCCCAGAGUGGGCGUACAAGACCGAGUCCAGCCCUGGCUCCCGUCAGAUCCAGUUAUGGCAUUUCAUCUUGGAGCUCCUGCAGAAGGAGGAAUUUCGCCAUGUCAUUGCUUGGCAGCAGGGCGAAUAUGGGGAGUUUGUGAUCAAGGACCCUGAUGAGGUAGCACGACUGUGGGGCAGAAGAAAAUGCAAACCGCAAAUGAACUACGACAAGCUGAGCCGAGCUCUCAGAUAUUAUUACAACAAGAGGAUUCUUCACAAGACAAAAGGCAAGAGGUUUACCUACAAGUUCAACUUCAACAAACUGGUGAUGCCCAACUAUCCGUUCAUUAACAUACGGCCUAAUGGUGUGGUGCCACAGAGUGCCCCUCCUGUCCCCACAGCUUCGUCCCGCUUCCACUUCCCACCUCUGGACAGCCACUCUCCCACUGAAGAUGCCCAGCCCAGUCGCUUCUCUGGUGGGUCCCUGGUCCCAUCCAAUCCAGAAGCUUUGAACGACAGUGGCGAGAGGAAGCCCGACAUGCCGGAGCUGGAGGAUGGCUCCUCAGAUUGGCGCCGCGGCGUGGAUCUCAUGACCUCGCGCAAUGCAGUGGGCACCGGCAGCGUCAAUCACCAGAAGCGCAAGCCAGAUAUUAUGCUUCCUCUCUUCACCAGGCCUGGAAUCUACCCGGAUCCUCACAGUCCCUUUGCUGUGUCCCCUCUCCCAGGGCGCGGCGGGGUCUUAAAUGUCCCAAUCUCUCCUGCAUUGUCCCUGACUCCCACCCUUUUCUCCUACAGCCCCUCUCCGGGUCUCAGCCCCUUCACAGGUAGCAGCUGCUUCUCUUUUAACCCUGAGGAAAUGAAACACUACCUGCAUUCACAAGCUUGCUCUGUCUUCAACUACCAUCUGAGUCCGCGGACUUUCCCCCGCUAUCCGGGGCUCAUGGUUCCACCACUACAGUGCCAAAUGCCCCAUGAGGAGCAGCCCCAGUUCCCGAUUAAGCUACAGCCUCCGCCUGUUGGGCGCAAAAACAGAGAGAGACUGGAAAGUGCUGAGGAGCCGACUACCCCCCAGCUAGCUACUCCUUCUCCCAGAGUCAAGGUCGAGCCCUUGGUGGACAAGGAAGCAGAAUGUGAAGAGCCAUCAGUGAAAGGAAAAGAAAAAAGUGAGAAGGAGGAAGGCUCUAGCAUGGCAGUGCCCAAUACCAGCCUGGAAGAGGAGAAAGGGCCUGUAUUUGCCAGACCGGCUGCCCCAUCGUGGCAUCCAGCGCCAUCAGCCUCCACACAAGUCAACUUCUCAGUUGAAGAAUGCCAGGAGCAAGGGGAAGGCAGUGGAGAGAAGUCAUCCCGAGAGUCUGCAGGAGAAUUAGGAGCUCAGGAGAAGAGAGAGGAUGCCCUGAUGCCUCCGAAACUGCGUCUCAAACGCCGCUGGAAUGGUGACCGGCAGGCAGACGCCCCCGAGGAGCGCCAAAACGGCAAAGUCCACUGGAACGGCGUGCUGGGCAGCGCGCACCUCGUGGCAGGACCCAAGGCCGUGACAGCCACGGCUGCGUCCGACACCUAGGCGCGGGGAGAGCCUCGCAGUCCGUUUGUACUGAAAACAUCUGUGUAUUUAUGUAGCA